CCUUGGUCUGCAUCAUUCAUCGUCGUGGAAGUUGUUCGGAGUUCAAUACUGUGGCUGCUAUUAAUUAUUGAUCUUAUGAUUUAAUGCGGUGUUUUCCUGUUCAUGUAUCUACUUGCAGACCCUGCAAUGCAAACUGAAUUCACUGUGAUUCAAUCACAAGGAGUUGCCUCCUUUGAGUGUAAUUGUAAGCAGCAAGAUGAUGAGUCGUUUCAAUCAACAAGCUACCAUUCUUAUGGUGAGACACAGCCAUACACUUUCAAUUUUGUAAUGAAAAGGGCGAGUUUUUCAUUGAAGCGCAAUAAGAAAACUGAACUCAAGGAGCAAUAUGGUCCUAACCUCACGGUGGAAAUUCCUGUGGGCCAGGCUAGAAUUUGUAUUGUGCACCUCAAUGAUGGGAAGCGGAUUGAGCUUGAACUUCCAGAUAGCAGGCGCCGGGAUAUUUUGGUGCUCUCUCUUCGAGAAUUCAUCAAGAAAGCAUUGUUUGAGAUCCGUCCUGAGAAGAAGAAUAGGGGAUUCUUGUUCCGAGGAAAGUAAAAUAUGUCUGGCCUGUGUACAGCAUCAAUAUCAACCGAUGUCCAUGCCCUGCUUUGCUUCUCAGCAGCAGAGACUUCAGCCCUUCUUCCCUGUUCCUGGACGUAUGGUACUUGCCACCUCCUCCUGCUGCUGCUGCUGCUGCUCCUGUUUCUGCUUCGGUUUAAGGUUCAGAUUCAGAUCCGAAUGCGUAGAUAGGUUUUGAUCUCCAUGGACUUCAAGAUUCCCAGUAUCUAUUUUUGUUACUGGUUGUUGUGAUUCAGACCGCAUGUGCACAGGCCAGCACCACAUUGUUUUGCAACAAGAAAUGGAUGUGAUGGGUAGCCUAUCAGCAUGAUGAUUGGGAUGUGAUGGGUCGCCUAUCAGCCCUCAUGAUUGGUAUCGUAACUCCCCCUAAAAUGUGUCCAUGGGGAAUGAUAGUCACAACCUCUCCAGGAACCUUUUUCUUGACGAGGAACCUGUUCUUCUGCAACUGCGUCUCAGAGCCAUAUUACAUGUAUGCUUGUGCAGCCAUAUUACAUGUAUGCUUGAGUUCAGGAACCUUUGCCCUGGUCAACAUGGUUUUGGCAGAGAGGUUUUGUGGAUUGGCAGUGGUUCAGUCAGAGAUUUGGAACCUCGCCUCAAAGGCCUCGUAAUACUGCAUGAUCACUGAUGGUCAAAGGGCUUGGAGCCAGUGCUGGACUGCAAGCUGUAGCACACAAAUCUGGUGCAUGGGCUGCCGCACAGAGUUGGAGCCAUCAUGCAGACUGAUGGAACAAAUGUGCGCAGGCAGUCGCAAUUCAGCAGUCUGGAUCCUGUUCUGGACUUGGAGGAGUGGUGUAGACCUCCAGGCCUGGAAUGUAGACCUCUGGUGGAGUAUGUUUGUGACCAGCUCGCGGUUCUUGUUGCUGGAUGUUGUCACUUCGUGUUUGCCACAGGAAUGGAUGUAUUCUUCAAGAAUGUGCAGCAGAAGGCAAGGUCUGAAGAUGGGACAGAAAUGUAUAAAGGCAAACACAGUGCUUGUUGCUGGAUGUUGUCCCUUCGUGUUUGCCACAGGAAUGGAUGUAUUCUUCAAGAAUGUGCAGCAGAAGGCAAGGUCUGAAGAUGGGACAGAAAUGUAUAAAGGCAAACACAGUGUGUAAGGCAACAGCAGGUGGAAGCAUGCUGACUUGCAAGCAAUGUGCAUGUAGGCAAUCAGUAUACAGUAUGAUUUAAAGCACGGUAGCUUGAAGAUUGGAACAGGACUGAUUGGCUUUGCUACAUCAGGUGGCUUGCUAGCCUGCCCACAGUUGAUUAAUUUAGGUGUCGUGUAGUGGGUUUCGCCACACCAUGUGGCUGGUUAGCCUGCCCAGUCCACUAAUGUGAUGGAUGGUCUCUUGUCAGCCUUUCGCCAGGGCUCCUGCCUUCGCUCUCAUCUACCUUUUCCCGCUCAGUGGAACUUGGACAUGCCCAGAUGAUGAGCACUUGAUCGGAGCAAGUAUCCCUCCUGUCAGGGGGCAGGGAGGAGGUAUCCGAAAACGGGCCAAGCCAGGGACGCAUUGGGAGAUUUUCUGUGCUGAUUGGAGUGAAGUGUUCCUCUGUAUAGGAGACUGUUAUCAAGAAGAUCAUUUUUUGGUGGCUUUGUUGUGGAACAUCCUGUGUCUCCUGUCCGGAUCCUCUUGAAUGAACCCCUGGUUGUAUC